UGAUUGUAUUGUAAUUGUAGCACGUGCCGCUUGCUGCCCGGUAUUACCUAUUGUUUAUUUACUUCGAUCACUUUCUUUAUAAGCUGAGCUGAAUCAUCGAAAGUUUUGCGAACUUCUAAUCUAAAAUCUAGUUCAUUUACAUUUUUAAUAAUAAACUAACUAAGUGCUUCUGUGUGAUUGAACUGUGAUAAUGCCAAAAGUGAAAAAAGAUGCAGUUCAUAGGCACUUUACGUAUGAAGAAGAGACGAAUUACAGAUUACAGUCAGUGCAUACAUUGCCAAGGUAAAAUAAAGGGGCAACAUGCGACCAACUUAAAAAAUCACAUGUCUGUCAAACAUAAAAAUAAAUUUGAUGAUAUUUUAAUAAUUAAUAAUACACAACGUGAACAAAACGUCUCGCAAAAAAGAAACGACGACUUAAUAUCUGAAAUUAAAACAAAUUGCGUAAAACUUGUCACUAUUCAUGGUAGACCCUUUCAAUUAUUAGAGGAUGCAGCGUUUCAAAAAAUUAUUAAUAUGGUCGUACCGACUAAUAAAUUUAUAAAUAUCCAAUCAAUAAAAUCGAUGAUUGCAGACAAAAGUUAUGAAAUUAAAUUAAAGAUUGCUACGGAAUUAAGACGAAAAUUAUUAUGUGUAAAAUUAGAUUCUGCGACCUAUCAAGACAGAUCAUUUCUUGGCAUUAAUGUACAAUACAUACAAAAUGAAAUUGUUAAAAUACGUACUUUAGCUGCACAGGAAGUAUUUGAGCGCCAGACAGGGGAAUUUCUGAAGAAGACUCUUUUAGAUGUUUUAAAUGAUUAUCAAAUUGACGCAUCACAAAUUUAUUGUAUAACUACCGACAAUGGAAAGAAUUUUAAAAAAAUGGCAAAGCUGUUAGGUGGUUCAUACGAGCCCAUUGAUAUUGACCAAGAAUCUGGACAAUAUAAUACAGACAGUGAAACAGACGAGGAAGACGAAGAUAAUGCAAAUGAUAUAAAUCAUGAGAUUCCAAUCGACAGCCUAAUGACAGCUUUAAAUGAAAAUGAAAACUACUCCAGAUCCAAUUUUUUACCGAGAACAAUGCUGUGCGCUGCACAUACGCUUCAGUUAGCUAUUAAAGAUUUUUUUGAAUCGAAUCCAGAUGUUGACAAUUUAAUAUUUCGUGUGCGACAAGUAGUCAAAUUGUUAAGAACACCGACUAUUAGAAAUAUUUUGAAAAGAGCCAACUUGAAGAAGCCUAUUAUUGAUUGUCCUACACGAUGGUCUUCUACUUACAACAUGUUAUUAAGGAUGCAGUCAUUAAAAACUGUAUGUCUUAAUGAUGCAAAUAUCAUGUCAAGAUUAGAUGAAUCGAAUUGGCAAACAAUUACAGAUCUAAUUGAUUGUCUAAAACCUUGUUUUAUAGCAACAUUAAAACUGCAAAAAGAACAAUUGACACUGGGUGAUUUUUUCAUAGAGUGGUUGACAUGCAAAGGUAAUUUAGAAAAGCGCAGAACACCGAUAAGCCAGAGUUUGUUAGACUGUAUGAAGACACGGGAAGUAAAUCUUCUAAAUACUAACGUUAUGUUGGAAGCCCUUUAUUUAGACACAAGGCUUAAUGUUAUCCUAUCGGAUCAAGAAGCUGCUAAAGCUCGACAGCUUUUAAAAGAAACUUUGAAUCAAAUUAAUAAACUUAAAUUGAAAGACAGUGACUCGAACUCGGAUAAUAUUAUGGUCUCAUCAUUCAAUUCAAUUGAUGAACCUAUGGCUGGCGGUAGUGGUAUACAAAAUCAAAACUCUGCGGUCGAAGAAGCCAACAUAUUAUCUUACGCUGAAGAAAUACUAAGAAGUACUGAACAACAAAGAGGCAUAGUACAAGAAACCAAUUCAACCAAUGUUUUGUUGAGAGAAAUUCGCAAUCUCCCAAGAUUGCCCAUUAAAGAAAAUAUUAUUAAAUAUUGGAACAGUAAAUUAUCGUCACCAGAAGUGGCAGAAUUAGCUCUUUGUGUUCUUGCUACUCCUGCUACGCAAGUAUCUGUUGAAAGGCUUUUCUCCUCGGUUAAAUAUAUUUUAUCACCGCUCAGAUCUAACUUAAGUCAAACUACUUUAGCAAAUAUUAUGGUCAUACGAAGUAAUCACGAUCUAUUUAUGUAAUUGAAAACUACGUUCGUAUUUUGAAACAUUAAUUAAUUUUAUAAAUG